AUGGAAAAAAUGACAGGUGCUAUUACUGUACUGGAUAGAGCAUACUUUCAUUCAGAUACUUAUAUUAAUCUUAAGUCAACCGAUGUAAAAGAAUUACUUGCUAAAGUUAUUCGUAAUCUUUUCAAAAAUAUUAGUAUUUAUCAGAAUAACGGUAGUGGGUGGUAUUUUAAAGAAUUACUUAAUCUUGAAAUUCACACUUUUGAUUUUAAUCCAAUGAGGGGGUCUUCUUAUAUUCCUCUCCCAGAGUGGAUAAUGCGAAAGAAAGCUAUACUUAACAUUCGAAACACUGAUGAGAAAAGUUUUCUAUGGUGUGUACUUAGAUAUCUUCACCCAAAAGAGAAAAAUGAUGACCGAAUAGCAGAUUUAAAACAGUACGAGACUACUCUAAAUACCAGAGGAAUUAGUUUUGCAGUUAAACUAAAAGACAUUUCCAUACUUGAAGCGCUUAAUCAUCAAUACCAGGAAUAA